AUGCAUCCGCCUAUCCAAGCCAUCAUCACCAUAUCUGAUCCGUCCUCACCCCCUCCCCGCCUAGUCAAUGGUGUCCCUCUACAAGUUCAACAAGAGUACGACCAAUUCUUUGCUCGAAAGUCACUGCCCUUUCGCGAUGAUGGGCCGCUGAUAGGCGACUCUGACUGCUCAUGGAAAAGCGCCGAGAAGCAUGUUCUUAGGGCAUGUCCCUUGAAAUUCGAGGACAUGGUUUUCGAAGAGCGGCUUGGUCAUGGGAUAGAUGGUAUUAUGUUCAAGGUGAGCAUCGACGGUGCUCCGUAUGCACUUAAAGUGGUUUGGGACGUUGAGAUACCAGGGAAACGCGCCUACUAUGCCGUCCAAAAAGAAUGCUGGAACUCUGCGCUGUUGCAGAUGAUAGGUGCUGCCAUUGCGCAAUCAGAGGAGCCCAUCUACCUGAAGCCCGAGAUUGAGAGUCGCAAGGAUGCUCUGUACAAUACCCAAGCCUUUUGCGACGAAGCCCGCCAGAAGCCCCGAUUCAAGAAUCUCCCUGGUGCUGUGCCCAUCACCUCUUUUCCAAGAUUCCGAAAAUGCUUUGGUUGGCUCAAAGCCAACAGUUCCCGACUUUUCGAAGAUGAGCGAAUGGGUCCUCCCUACGCUCGUGUCGGCCGUGAUCGCCGGUCUAUGACUGAAGACACCGAGUAUUACGCUAUAUUAUACGAGUGUAUCCCCCCGGGCGAGCAGCAUGUGGAUACGGAAGGAUUACAGGCCCAAAUGGAUUUGCUUUAUCUCGAAGGCUUUGAUAUAUGUGAUCUUAAGCCUGAAGAUUGGAUUGGGGGAAUCCUGGUUGAUAUGGCUGCUCUCGAGAGCCCAUGGGAGAUGCAUUGGUCCCAUCGUGCACACAAGCAAUUUUCCGUGAACAGUAUUGGCUUUCUAUCUUAG